GCCUCGAGGGGGCUGGCCAAAUUUUACGAAAUGACUUCAUUCCAUAACGAUCGAAUCGCUACAUCCAGUACUGACCCGCAAGGAACUCGUGCCGAUCGAAAUAACACAUUUUAGGCGCGCUCCUUUCGGGCGCAGAAGCUUUCGCAGUGCUCGAGUAUUUUCGCUCGUUUCCCAGCGAAAGAAUCUGCCAUACGAUAACCUCGGAUCAAAUGAAACUCGCUCCAAUCGCGUUCGUAUCGUACACCCCCCAUGCUACAGAGUGACCUACCCAUGCGGACUCCCUUCAUCGCUCGCCCUUUCCACCACGCCGUUUCCUCCUCGCUCACUCGUCACUCAUUCGCCGGCCGACGACGUCGUCGGUGUGGCGGGCGUCGCGCUGUACGGCACGCGGUCCUUAGAGCACACGAUUUGGUACGGAAGGUCGUGUAACUGAAAUCGCUUGCCGCUACUGCCGUUACUACGCCGCGCAUUUGCGACGCUCACUGCCCCAACAAUUGUGACGGUUCCGCCUGGGCGAGGCGGCUCUACGAUCAACCCGUUGUAGCUCUCGACCGGCCGUCAACCUAUCGUCAAAGGAGAACCGUCCCACUCGGCCAAGGAGCAGGUGUUAGAAAGAGAAGAAAGCAUGGCCGUGGCAACAGUAUCUUGGGAACUUUACGAAAUGUUUGAAGCGUUCCUCCGGGCCCCCGCAUAUCAUCUGGCGCUGGAGGCUCUCCUGUUCGUAUGGGUCCUCUGGUUGCUACUACGUAAAAGCACUCCCGCCGACGCCGGGAAGUCGAGACUCACUGAGAAGGAAAAGGAAGAGCUCAUUGCUGAAUGGCGCCCGGAGCCCCUGGUACCAAGCACCCCACCUGAUGAUUAUGUGCUUAACCCAAGGAUAAUCACUAGCAAAGUUGGCCGGACGGUGGUGGUGGACGGUCGGCCGUGCCUCAACCUGGCCAGUCACAACUACCUGGGCCUGACCGAGCUGGAGGGCACCCAGGAGGCUGCCAUUGGUGGCCUGCGGCGGUACGGCGUUGGCUCGUGCGGGCCCCGAGGGUUCUUUGGCACUGUUGACAUCCACCUGGAACUUGAGAGCCGCCUGGCCGAAUUCAUGGGUGUUGAGGAAGCGUGCCUCUACUCUUACGGCUUUUCGACCAUCUCGAGCGCCAUCCCGUCCUACGCCAAGCAGGGAGACGUCAUAUUUGCGGACGAAGAGGUGAACUACGCCAUCCAGAUGGGCCUGCUGGCGUCGCGUAGCACGAUCUACUACUUCCGUCACAAUGAUGUGGAAGACCUCGAACGCCUGCUUCUGGAGCAGCAGGAGCGGGACGUGGCCGACCCCAAGAAGGCAAACGUGACACGCCGCUUCCUCGUCGCCGAAGGCAUCUACGCCAGCACGGGCGACAUCUGCCCUCUGCCGGAGCUGGUGAAGCUGCGCCGUCGCUUCACACUGCGGCUUUUCCUUGACGAGACCUGCUCGUUUGCCGUGCUGGGCCGCACUGGGCGUGGCGUGCGCGAAUACUUCGACGUUCCAAGCAACGAGAUUGACCUGAUGUGCGCCACCCUGGAACAUGCCGUGGGCUCCUACGGUGGCUUCUGCUGUGGCACUAGCUUUGUUGUCGACCACCAGCGUCUGUCUGGCCUUGGGUACUGUUUCUCGGCGUCCCUGCCACCGCUGCAGGCGUCCGUCUCCCUACAGGCCAUCAAUCACCUGGCAUCUCAUCCAGAGUUACUGAGCCAGCUGAAGCAGAACUGCCUGCGAGUUCACGAGAAGUUGGCCGGGAUUGCACAGUUGCGUCUAGGUGGCAAUGCUGAAUCACCUGUCAAGCACCUGUAUGUCGCUGGCAGCCACCCGAAAGACAAGUGUGCGGAACUUCUCGACGAUAUUGUCCACAAGGCGUGGGAGGCAGGCGUAGCGCUGACCCGUGCCCGGUACCUCGAAGACCGGGAGCACCGACCCAAAGAAGCGAGCAUUCGCAUAGCUGUUUCGGCCUCUCUGACUGAAGAGGACAUAGAGCGUGCCUACAGCGUCAUCCGACAAGUAGCCGAAGCUGUGCUGGUCUGAUGGCGAAAAUGGGCAGAAGCUUUUUGUUUGUUUGUUCUGUUCCCUUUUUUUUUUUCAUAUGUUUUGUGUCACAGUUGCGCACCAGACUGAUCGACUUCCUGUUACUGCCAUGCCUCAUUGUCCACGCUGCUCGACCCAGUAUGUAGGUACAGUAGCGGUGAAACCCAAGCACAUCUGGCAACGACAUUUACAUGCAGAAGGCUUAAUGGCUGCCGUCUGGCACAGGGACGUUGCGCAAGAUUCUGCUGUUUCAAGAGCAGUUGCAUGACUGCUCAUUUUUGUUUAGUCAGGCGGCCAGCCACAUGGUUCUCACAUUGCAGGACCUCGUGGGGGUGCUUGUGGUAGUCCUGCGUUAUGUCAGCAGAGCUUUGGUGUAAGGCUGCCAUCUCGCAAGGUGAAGCAUAGGAGCAUGCUUGCCUUGUAACUGCUGUGCUGUUGUUUUGUGAAAUCAACAAACUGUAACGGCGAAUAGUAAUGUUCGCGAAACAUUCACAAACCUCUCAUACUAUACCAUUGCCACUAGGAAACUUAAGCUUGCAUAAAGUAGCAAGAAAGUGCCAGAUUAGACAUUUUAUAAUAUCAUUAUUGGAGUGUUCUAUUGUUGCAGCAGAUGGAGUGUGUUCUUUUUGUUUCCAUUUGAUAUCUUGUUCAGAAGCAUGGCCUCUAGAAACUAAGUUUCAGCGCCUUUGAUCUACUGCGCAUGACCAUCAUUUGGCAGGUGGCCUUCGAUUUGAGUCCCAGUUGGUACAAACAAGAUGGCUGACAUUGCUUCUUCAGCAAAAACAUGUGCCUGGCGCGUGGGAUGGUGCUGCCAUUCCUCAGUUGCACCGGUUGCUGGGCCUUUAGCUCCGGCAGUGCCUUGAGGAAAAGCUUGUCUAUGUCGGUUGUUGUUCUGCUAUUGCACCGCAAUAUAUUUAACAUAGGACGUUUCUUGUUAUCCCUUUCUACACAAGAAGGAAUGGAUCCUACAAUGGCCAGCCCGUGUGUUCUCUUUUUCUCUUUGCUUUCUGUCCGAGAGAUUUCGCCGCCUGUCAGCCUAAGUGUGUUCUGAUGGGGCAUUAUAGUUUUUGCAUCUCUGAAACGCACGGCUGCGUCAUGCCCGAUGCUAACAUCCACUUUUAAUGGACAGUUAUCAUUUCUUUCGUAGCUGUUACGGACGAUUGCCAAUUCACGAGUGUCAAUGCCGGAUCCAUAGUUGAGUCAGCAUUGAAAUGUUUAGAUGGACAAGGGCUCUUGUUGGAGCUGGCCUCUAAUGUAAAUGUGACCUCAGACUUUUAACCCUCCUGUGAGUUAGCCAUCGUCAGAAAUUCUGUGUCUGGAAGUAAUUAGUUCAUUUUUGCCUCUGACGGGCCGCAGAGCCUCAAGAACACCAAUGUUUGGGAAUACUUGGCAUGGCCAUUGUGAUCGUAACUGCGUAAAUCAUAGCGACAUUUGCCAACUCAUGUGUGACACUCAUAACUUAAGAGCCACACAGAAUGAGUAACAUGAUGCUUUGUCAGCCAGCUCACUCAAGAUUUGUGUUUGUCUUACCAGACUUGCUGUUGCUCUCCCCACUCCUGGGGCAACCUCUAGAGGUGAUUGUAUGAGUUUCCUAUGUUCCACGCAGCAUGAUAGUAGCUGUCAGCCAGGGAUGGGGGAACUUGGCAUUGCUGCUGGCUUUCCAGAGGUUAAAUGCAGCAAGCUAGAGAGAUGAUUAUCUGUUCAGUAACCAUGUAAAAAUUGUUGUGGUUCCAUGCGUUAUCAUCAUGUUAUGAUAGAUCCUUUUGGGUAAAGAGAAGUAGACAUCACAUAGUCGGGAUAUUUAGGUUUAGGCUAAGAAAGAAAUGUCGCUGGUUGCAACCUUGAUUCUCGUCGAUAUCGGCAUUAUGAAUAUUUGAUAUAACGAAGGUAUCUUUGCAUUGAACGCGACUUUGUUAUAAUGAGGUGCGAUCGUAUUUGCAGGUUUUCAGCACCGUACGUUGUAGAAUAAAGAUUUUAAAAAAAAAACUUCGGGGUCCAAUACCCGGCUUUCUCCUUUAUAUGCGUUUUUUUCACUGUCGGUCUGUUUCAUUUCGCCUCCCAUUGAAUUUUCUGCCAAUUCAGAAUGCCGUUCGUUCUUGGAGGUCCUCAAUUUCAGUUUGUUCAGAGGUGGCCAGCUCUUCUUCGAUUUCACCUUUUUCUCACGAUAGACCAAAUGGGAGUCUCUGUGCUGGCUUGUGCAAUUUAAUGCCUAAUUCUUUUUGUUUAUUUUGGUGGCCUGCUUGAGUAUUCAGGCACUUUGGUCCAUGUGUACUUGUUUUCUAGCAUUUCUUACUGCGCUCUAUCUUUCCUUUCUUUUUUUUGGGGGGCGGGGGGGAGAAGUUCUUUCAUUUCAUACAAGGAGUUGCAGGGUGGGUGGUGCUUUACUUGGCUAGAUUUUGCAUGCGGUUCUCAACCAUGUUUUGAUUUAAAUCAGUAUGGGGACUGAGUGACUGCUGUGUAAUGAAGCGUCAUCUGGCUGGAAGGAAGCCCGUGUCAGCCGUUGUUUACUGUAAAAGCAUGAUAUACUGUGUUUGGAAAAUCGUGGGCCAGGAUGGUGUUGUGCUUUUCCACGUGUGCAUGCAUGUGUGUAUGUGUCUAUGAGUGAGUAGGAACAAUGCUCCGAAUAUAAUGCAAUAUUUCAUUUUCUGUUUUUCACCCCUCAUAAAAUGGUGAGUUCGACUGCCGCACGACCGAGCUGUGCAGGAAAGCCGACCUUGUGUGCUAAAAGUGGACAGGAGUGCAUAGAGGGAAAUGCGCCUGCUAGGAAAGUGGGAUAGACUCUUCGCUCAACACAUUGUGAGCAACGAAUGGAUCGAUGCAUCACUGUAGUGGUUUGUGCUCUGUCGAAAUGUAUGACAGCUUAUGGUUGACAUUUGAUUUCAUUGGAAUUGUAACAUACAGUAUUAUAUACCAAAUUCUUCCUUUUUUUUUUUUUCUUUUUUGACCGAACGAAAUUCACAGGCAGACAUUUCUAAUCCUUCAACUGGAUUGCUUGCAUACAUUACGUGCGCAAUAUGUAAAUCGAAAUGCACAGUUAACUGAUGAACAACAUUUUACAAAUCGCUUUACAGCAUGUGUUGCAAAUUAUGCAUUGCAGCCGGUAAGUUAUUCACUGGCUACAAUUUUUAAAUUGCAAUUAUGCCACAAGGUGGUUAAAAGGUUUCUGCAGUUUUGUUGAUUAUUCAGUUAUGCAUUUCAAUUUCUCAUGCAAGUAAUUUUCAGCUCUUGGAGUAAUCCAGCUUAAGGAAUAUAAUUGUGCUGUCUGCCAUAUGCAACAUUUACAAAUUAUGUUCAGUUAAAAAAGAAAAGAAAAAAUGCCCAUUAUAAUCUCUGGUUUGUCCUGUUUUCCCUCGCAUUAUAUGUAUAGCUAUUUUAUCUGGCUAAACAUGGUAAGCAUUCACAGCUACAUAGCGAGGACGUCCUGCAGUGCCUAACAUGUAUUUGUUUCACUUGUUUUUAAGCAUCACUCCCAAGCAUGUUGAUUUGUGUGUGCUCAACGACAGCCUCUGUUAGACGCAGGCUUGGCUUGGCUUGGCUUGAGCUUGUCUCAUUAGCAGCAGCAACAACUUCUGCUACGACCAAAAAUUAUUUACGGGUCCCCAAUAAGGCUAGGAUGGGUCCACUGACUGACUGGCAUUGCUCUGUGAAGAGACAUUGUAGGGAAAAGUUCUUUGAGGUAUCCUAGUAAAUUAGCCUUCUACAAGCCAAAAAAUAAAUGAGAAACACACUUGCCUUGGAAAGAUGCUUUGCAACUCGGAAAAUACAACUGGUGGCAUGACCACCUUGAAGUUCCCGCACCCAUUCGCCAUUAGGUCACGUAUUUUGACACAGUCUGCUAGGGCCUGGUUAAUUUUUUUGUCAGUAACGAUAAACUAGAAUCCUACCUAAAAGAGUGAAAUACUUGGCAAGUUUUGAGAACUUCUUCCGAGCCCCAGCCACCCAGAUACGAAAAAAUUACAUUAAUAUGCACGACGUCGCACCUAUGUACUGGCACAAGGGUUUUGGCACGAAAGUAAAACACAUUUUAACUUGGACUUUCUUUUUAUCUCUUAGUACUGAAUCUAUUGCAGCUAAACCAAUGAAAAUAGAGUUUUGAAACAAUACUUUAUCGGUCAAGGGAUUUAGUGUUUCUUUAUAGCGGUACUUUAAGCUUGUCAACGUCACAGUCUAGUGUUGUUGGCUACAAAGUGCUCUUACGUGAAAUGUAGUGGAAAAUAUCACUGCUUUUAAAAGGCGUGGUCCUGCAUUGUCGAAGCAUGUUUUUUUUUUUUUUUUGUAAGGCCCAUCCACUAUUGGGCGUUUCGGCAGGGAUCAUCUGGCUGUCACGCCGAUCGUUAUCGUGAGUGGUGGUUGCCUGAAUGUCGGCCAGUCGGAAAAGAAUGCUUUUGUGCUGCAGAAAUUUUCCAAAUGUGGGUUAUGAAUUAAUUUUUUUCUGUACUGUCGAAUAUUUCAUGGCAAACUGUGCCACUGCAACAGAGAAGCUGCCCCCCCCCCCCCCUUUCUUUUUGCUUUUUUUUCUGCAGAAAAACCGAAACUUGCCACUUUUUAAAUUUCAGGCCUAAACUUCAGCGCCUUGACGCCAGGGUUACUCAAUUAAUUUCACCUUUUUGUAUGUGUGUGUGCACAAAUUCUUUAUGCAGGUAAAAGCCCACAAAGGGUUGGGUUUUACUUACCAAAUUAGGUGCAAUCUGUUUUGCUUUUGUUAACUAGCAACCGUACUCAGCCAGACAAUGUGCGAGAAUUUCAAGGUGGCCAUUUCCACAUACUUUCUUUUUGUUUGCAGUAAGGCUAACAUAUUUACAAUCCUAAAAGUGGACAAUACCAAUCUAGCUUGGGUUUAGAUGUCUCCUUGGUGCACGUAAGCAGAAUGGUCGUGAACUUCGCACUUGCAUCUCGCACGACGCCCGCAAGAGGUGUACACUGUUAGGGUUAUGUUGACUUUAUUGUACAUUUGCGACAAGCAAGCAAAGUAGUGUUAGGCACAUUUAAAGAGAAGCAUGAAGCACCUUUUAAAAGAAUUUCAGUGCUGUUUAAUUUCUCACAGUGAAAGGUUUCUUUGUGGACUAGCAGCGUUAAUUCUGGUGUAAGCGGGAAGAAUUCUAGUAUGGUUCUGCCUUCUUAUGUUUUUAUGCUGUUCUAAUUCAUGGUGGUCACAUUUCAUUGUACAAAAAGCAAACAAACAAAAGUUGUCAGACUGGAAUAAGUUGUAACAAAGAAGCAGUUGUCCUGUUACGAGACGUGAUGCAGGCUCUGUUUGGUUUUUGUGUCCUUUUUCUUGCUUUUUUUCCUUCUGGAAAUGUUAACUGGUUGUCUUGGGGACGAAGAGUUCAGAUUGAACACGUGAAAGUUUUACAGCUACUAGACAAAACUUGCUUGUCCUUAUUGAAGGUAUUUGGGAGUUGUUUAUAUUUGUUGUCGGUCACAUUCUCAGCAGGUUGAUCGAUUUACUUACUGGACUUCACUUCAUUACAUGAACUUUUGUGGGGGAAUUUUCUGCACGAAAGUUGGUGAAUGGGAGUCUGCUCUGCAACAGUCUUAUGCUGACUUGUAUUCGCAUGGGCUGCACAUGUUUGACUGAAACAUUUUCUUUUAGCUGCAGUAACCGAAGAAUUGUGCCGUUUGUGCAACAUUGUAACAAGGCCUUUUGCAAGUUUGAGUUGCUCGUAUGUGGGAUCACAUUUGUCCGAAAAUGCUUGGACUUUCUUAUUAUGGUCUCAAGUGCAUAUCGUCAAGGGACCACACUUUACUUUUCUGUCUUUGAUGAAACUUUCCUUCAUGAUUGUGUGCAAAGUUGUUUGCUUCCAAAAGUCGACGUGUAAGAAUGCUCCGCUGUGUGUACAGUAAUGCCAUAUUCCUUUAUUUUUUUCUAUGUAUAAAUAACACCGAAUUGUUCAUUAUACAAGACCACUGGACAAGAUGUUCUCUUCUGCGACAUUGGUCAUGUGACAUUAAGAUUGCCUUUGCAACCAGGGUUGUUUGCCUACAGUGUUGAAAGCUUCACUACUUGUGUUAAUGCUGGAGCUUUCUACUAUCUUCUUUUUAGAGUAAAGCACAGUAAGAGGUAUAUAUGUAUAUGUGCAAUAUGAUUCAUUGUGUGCGUGCAUGUUUUAUUCUUGAGUUAGUCGGUUUGACUAGGAAUGCGAAAUGUCAUUCUUGCUCCCAGAUCAAGCCUAUUUGUAUUUGUGCCAGCACAGGGGCCCUGCAACACUAUUUUAGCAUGGUGACGAAGCUGUUUAUUUCCUGGACUGUGCUGUCAUAAAUAUCUGAGCCAAAUAUUAAUUCUGUAUGCACCGCAACAAGGAGUUAUAGUUUGUUCUCAUGUGUGCAAAGGCCUGGUUUUAUUGAAACAUUUGAAAAAAAAAAGAUUUACAUUUAAAAAAAAGACCUCGCGCUUACAGUUGCUUCGUUUUGCUCAAAUCUUGUGGCAACAUCGGAUGUUAUAAUGCCACUCGUUCUGUGUAACACUUGGCACUGUUACUUGCCUCAUUUUUAAAGGGGAAAGAAAAGUGAAUUUGCCUUCAUCUGCUCCUCAAUAUUCCACAUCACAGCCCCUCCCCCAACUUUGCGCUUAAGAGAAACAGAUCCUGAAGGCCAUGCUUUGUCAUAAGAGAAGACGCCGGAAGCGACCAAGUGGCUUCUACAUAUUUUGAACACUACUAAUGGUGGGGAGUUCAGAUGAAUGCAACUUCGCAUCUUUUUCUGACAUAUACCAGACAAGAAACGCGGCCAAGUAUAAGGCGGACCAUGAAAAGCUGUCUUGCUGAGAAAUUAGAGUGAAAUGAAAUAAUUGGCAAGCACAAGACCGACGGUUUUGUUCAAGAUGCGUGGGAUUUUUUUCAAACGUGAAAAGGCUUAGCAGUGCCUUUGCCGGAACUGCAGUGAGCAAAAAAAAAAAUUCUGCCGGAACCUACCUCACGAUGAACGUUGAUGUGAUUAGUACUAAAAUAAUGAGAUUUAUGAGGUAUGUGCUGCAGCCAGACGCCCCUCGCGGUUCCCUCUGGACAUGGUGUGCCUCUAGUGCCGCCACUACGAAGUCCGCGCGUGGCCUCCGAGAUCAGUGGUGCGCCGGUCUGUGUGCUUUCGCACACACAGCGGUUAGAUAUGGACAUACGUACAUACAUACACACACACACAGCAAAGUGGGUGAAUUCUCCCCCAAAUGCUAAUCGCAUUAGUGAGAAAGCCAAGAGAACCAAACACAUAGCUCGUAGCAGAUAGUGUGGGAUUCUCUAGUGGCGCAAUACAGGACUGGAGGGGCAACACUAUAGCCUCGGAGAGCCCUUGCACCCGAUCUCGAGGUCAUGUCAACACCAACGGUCUGCACAUUCAUGGGAACCAUGGCAGGCACCAUUGUUUCAUAGUAGCACAGUGCAUUUGGAUCUUUGUUGAGGUUACAAUGGGGUGGACUUGAUGCCGAGCACUGCGCUGCAAUCACUAGAAAUGAAAACAGAGCAAUGUAUGUAACAAAAGUUCUUGGAGAGUCUAAGCAGCUAAAGCUACAUAAAUAUUAGACUAGGUGAAGACUUAAUAAACAUGCUUUUCAAUUCAUGUAUUUGAAAUGAACAGCAAAGAAAAAUACAGUAUAGCCAGUUUUAAGGCAGCCCACUUUGAAUGAAAAUGUCCAGCAAUUAUUUGAUGUGUGUCCUCAACUUCUCCACACAAGUAGCAACACUACAUAGGUAUGAAAAAGUGCCUGUAACUUUAAAAUAUAUUGCAUUUAAGGCAAUGCAUUAAACAUUUGGUUGAA